GCCACAGUCUCUCACUAAAGGAACAGUUUGCCAAGUCUGCUCCCAGAAAGAGAAAUAAGGAACCCCAUGGCUUCUCUAGCAGUGUCCAUCAACCAGUUUGCCUUGGAGUUUAGCAAAAAGCUAGCUGAAUCUGCUGAGGGUAAAAAUAUGUUCUUUUCUCCUUGGGGCAUCUCAACUUCAUUGGCUAUGGUGUAUUUUGGUACCAGAGGUACCACUGCAGCCCAAAUGUCCCAGGUACUUCAAUUAGACAAAGGACGGCUCUUCAAAUCUGGCCCUGCUUGUGAAAAGAAGAGAAAAAUGGAAUUGAAUUCAGACAAGGUUGAAGAAAUGCACUCUGAUUUCCAGAACCUUGCUGCGGAAAUACUCAAGCCUGGAAAUUCCUACAUACUCAAAACAGCCAAUAGGAUAUAUGGGGAGAAAACAUAUCCAUUUCAUAAUAAAUAUUUGAAGGACAUGCAAACAUAUUUUGGUGCAGAACCACAGUCUGUUAACUUUGUUGGAGCUUCUGGCCAGAUCAGAACAGAGAUCAACUCCUGGGUGGAAAGUCAGACUGAGGGUAAAAUUGCAAAUCUCCUCCCUGACGACUCGGUGGACUCCAUGACUAAGAUGGUGCUGGUGAACGCCCUUUACUUUAAAGGGACCUGGGAGCAUCAAUUCUCAGUGCAGAACACUACUGAAAGGCCUUUCAGAAUAAACAAGACCACCACCAAACCAGUGCAAAUGAUGUCAAUGAAAAAGGAUCUUCAGGUCUUCCACAUUGAGGAGCUGCAAACCAUAGGCCUUCAACUCCACUAUCAGAACCGUGACCUUAGCUUGUUUCUUCUGCUCCCGGAAGAAGUAAAUGGCCUGGAACAGCUAGAAAGAGCUAUCACUUACGAGAAACUGCAGGAGUGGACCAGUGCAGACAUGUUGGACACCUUUGAAGUGCAGUUGUACCUCCCCAAGUUCAAGCUGGAAGAAAGUUAUGAUCUGAAGUCAGUCCUAAGCAGUAUGGGGAUGACUGAUGCUUUCAGUCAUAGCAAAGCUGAUUUCUCAAACAUGUCUUCAGACAGGAAUCUAUUUUUGUCCAAUGUUUUCCACAAGACUUUUGUGGAAAUAAAUGAAGAAGGCACAGAGGCCACAGCUGGCACUGGAAGUGAGGUCGAUCUUCGAAUUAAGACACCUUCCAUCGAGUUCAAUGCCGAUCAUCCAUUCCUAUUUUUCAUUAGGCACAACAAAACCAGUAGCAUUCUCUUUUAUGGGAGAUAUUGCUCACCCUAAGCUCUUCAUCUCUCAUUAAAUGCAAGCAUCUUGAUGGUACCAAAUAAACAAUCAGAAACCAUGAUCAUGAGAUGAAAAAGCAAUCAUCACAAAAUCAUCCCAUAGUCUAUAAGCAUUUCAUACUCUAAUAAUAAUAAAUGA